GCGGGAGCCGGCGGCAUGGCGGAGUCCCAGGUGCUGCUGCUGGACGAGCUGCACGUCAACGAGAAGGUGACGGAGACCCAGGCCCGCUUCUACUACAGCGAGGAGCAACGCCGGGCCCUGGAGGCGCUGGUGACCCGGGGCGAGGCGGCCUACCGGGAGGCGCUGAGGAAGGAGCAGCUCCGUGACUUUCUCUCCAGCCAGGAGCUGCAGGCCCUGCGGAGCGGAUGGCGGGGAUACGACGACCCCGCGGAGGGUGGCAAGGUGGCGCGGGGGCCGGGCGGAGAGACCCUCUCGCUGGCCUACUGGCCCGAGUGCUCGGACACGGAGGUGCCCCCGUUGGACUUGGGCUGGACCGACAAGACCUUCUACCGGGGCAUCAGCCGGGUAGCCCUCUUCACGCACCCCCGCAAGGAGGAGGGUGCACCACACCUGAAGGAGGUGGUGCGGGAGAUGAUCCAGCAGGCGCAGAAGAUUAUUGCAGUGGUCAUGGAUGUGUUUACAGACCGGGACAUCUUCCGCGAUAUUGUUGAUGCAGCAUACAAGCGCUGGAUCCCAGUCUACAUAAUCCUAGAUGAGGAGGGUGUGAAGCUCUUCCUGGAAAUGUGCAGAUGCCUUGACCUCAGUGACUUGCAGAUCCGGAAUAUCCGUAUACGUUCUGUGACAGGAGUUGGGUUCUACAUGCCAGCAGGGAAGAUCAGAGGCACACUGGCAUCCCGAUUUCUGAUGGUGGAUGGUGAAAAGGUGGCCACUGGAUCAUACAGCUUCACAUGGAGUUCAUCCCACAUUGACAGAAACAUUCUGCUAGUCUUGACAGGACAGCACGUGGAGAUGUUUGACAUUGAAUUUCGUGAGCUCUAUGCCAUCUCAGAGGAGGUUAAUUUCCACAAGGAACUGGGUAUUGCUAACCCAUUCCUUCUUGGAAUUGGGAAGCCAGGCUUUCAUUCCUCCACUGUAGCUCGGAAGUUCAUUAACCCCAAGUAUGGUUUAGUGGCAGGGGCAACCCGUGGUGAUAUGAUGCUCUGGGCUUCACGACACAGGCAAGAUAAUCAGGGGAACAUGGAAAAGGAUGAAUCAAGUGAGUCAAAGAAACGGUUAAAUCAGUUUCUGAAUGACUUAGUCACAUUGGAGCAAGAGUUCCCGGAAAUUGAUCCUCCUCUGGAGAACUUGAACAAACUGAAUCGGAGCCCCCAGAAACUGCUGUCUCGGCUCCACAUGGACCUGAAAAAUAAAUCUAAAUCCAGAGAGUCUAUUCGUGAUGUGAAGAAAGAAGAUGCACAGGCCAAUUCAAAGCAAGGAAAACGGUUUGCAAGUGGGCUUUUUAGUCGCAAGGCCAAACGGUCUCCAGGCUCAAGCAUUGAGGCCAAUUCUUUUGCCAGUGAAGGACAUUCAGGAGAAGAUCUUGGGAACAUGAAACUGGAAUAUGAGCGGCUCAGCAUUGGCCAUGCCAGUGUUCGGAGCACUGGAGGCACCUCAGGUAACCUGGGUCCAAACUCCGCUAUGAGCGAUAAAAACAAACAAUCUACCUGUGUGUUAUCUUGAUUGGGAAGGAUUGUCUGGAGAACCGAAGACUGAACAAGCUGGAACAGUAACCUCUUGAUUGCUUUUGAACCUACAGCCAUACCUCAUGCAGUGGUCUGUAAAGCCACUGUGUGGUCCUGGAUUCACCUGGCACCCCCAGUUAAAGCACAUUUACUGGGUGAAGCAUAGACUUUGGAUGGUUGGUCCCUAAAAUGAGAGUGAUGAAUGUAUUAGUCCAUAUGUCUGUGUGCACACAUAUUUUAUAUAUAAAAACAACUGUGAUGGCUGGUCUAAGAGCUUGCUCUGUGUCCAGAUAAAUGCAGGAGAUUUUCUGGCUUACUUGUGCUGCUACUUCGGUCUGUCUAGCUACAGACUCAGAGUGACUGUGUCGCAUUGUUUACUCUACUGCAUUGCAGAAAUGUAUUGGUCUGACUGGCUGGAAGGCUAAAUCCGAUCGAAGUGGCAAAUUCUGGGUGAAAUAAGAAUGUUUACAGACAGCGUAGUAAUCCUUUGUCCACAAGGAGUCUUCCUGUAGAUUCCCGUUGUCACUUAUCCACACAGAAAUGACUGGUCUGGGAGAAGGGUUUAGCUAGUGGAGGCCAACAGAUUAGUAUCUUAACUGUAUGUAGCAGUCAAACAAAGUGAUUUAGCAAGAAUGUAGUAAAGAGAAAAAAUGGAUGUUUAACCUGCAGCUGAGACUGGGUCAGGAGAAAUGCCUUGUAAGGGGGACUGGGCAGGAUCUGGGAGCAAUAGUGGAGCUUUCAGUGACUGUUACAAAAUCCUCUUUGUUGCUAAUUCAGCAACACUUUGCCAUUCAUGGAAACUGAAUGAUUAAGGAGCACAUCUUUGAGGAUUGAAAGAGGAAGCACAGGAGGCAUACAAACUUUUCAAAUGUUUCUUUUUAAGUUAACCUUUCCAAACUCUAAAUCAUGCCAAAAUCAAGAGCUUUAAUCCAUGAGAAGCACUGCAUGCAGUCAGACAAAAGGCCAUCUAAUCUGCUAUCCUGUCUCUGAGGAUAGCCAGUAACAUGUGAUCACAGAAGCAUAAAAUAGAAAGCUUGUAUACAGAGGUCUUUCUCUGACACUGUUCCAGCAGUCCAUGGACUUUCUGAACUGGCAGUUCCUUCUGGACCUGGCCUUAAUGAAUGCACUUAGUCCCUUUUUAAAUAAUCCUUUUCUGCUUCUGGCCUCCAUAGUGUUCUGUGGCAGUGAACCCUGAGUUCAUUGCAUGGUAUGAAAAAGAACUGUUGUCAGGCUGGUUUAAUGGUUUUCUUGAUGACCCCUAUUUCUUCUCUCCUUGCCAUUUGUGAUUUUGCAGAACUCUGUCAUAUGUCCUCAGUCACCACUUUUUCCAAGUUGCAGGUUCACAGUAUACAUAGCUAUUCAUUAUAUGGGACCUGACUGACACCUCUGUACUCUUGUUUCCUGGCCCUUUUCCAGUUCCAACCACUAACAGAGUGUAGAAGUGGGUUGUUUUUGUUUCUUCAGUGUGUGGAUUGAUGUUUCACUGGGCUUUCUCACCAUCUAAAUUACAUACUCUGCUGUCGUAUAUAAGCCCUCUUGUGAUACCUAAGAAAAAUAAAUCCUAAUUGCAAGUAGACACCUGAAAACUAACAUACCUGCUUGCAAAAAAAAAAAAACCACCACUCUCCAAACAUCAGAAAAACACAGGUUUGGUUUUUUUUUUGUUUAGAGAAAGCAUCCGUGUUUUUCACUGCACAAAGAAUUCACA